AUGACCAACACCUCCACGGCCGCCCCUGCCGCGCCCCGCCCACCCCGGCCACGCCUCCACGCCCCGCCCAACAUACCAACGCCGCCACGCCCCGCCCAACACCGCCGCGCCGCCACGGCUCGCCAGGCCUCGCGCGGCCCCGGCCCCAGCUGCGCCGCCCCGCCCCGGCCCGCGCCCACGCGCCGCUCCGCCGCGCGCCCCGACUCGACCCCGCGCCGCCUCGGCACCUGCGCGCCCCGCCACGCCCAGGCCUGCGCGGCUCCGCCUCGCCCUGCCCCGGCCUGCGCGCCCGUGCACGCCCCGGCCUGCGCCGCUCCGCCCUGCCCUGGCCCCGUCCCGCCCAACACCGCCCCGGCGAGCUUGAUCCCUCCCCACCUCGUCACGGACGCCUCCAGGUCCGCCCCGGCCGCGCCCGGCGAACUCGUGGCUGGCCAGCUGUCCGCUCUCCCUUCCCCGAGCUCGCAACGCACGGCGCCACCAAAAUUUGGUUGA